UGAAGGAAGACAGAGAGAUGUCGUGAUGAUUGGUUUCUUUUUGGAUUACUAUUCUGAUAAUGCAAUGGAUAAUACCGGUUGGAUGUUCACCGUCUCUCGUGCUAUUCCCUUGUUGUUCGAGAAUCGUUUAGAUUUGUUUUCUAAGCCUAUAUUUGGAACGAAAGAAAUACAUCUGGAUGAAUCGCAUAUAAAUGCCAAAGAUUUGCCAAAGGGUAAAUCCAAGUUUAUAAGAGCAUUCGUCCCGAACACGGAAUUAACACCUACGACAGAACCAUCACGAAUGCGUAACACCAAAAAAUUACAAACCGUCAUGAAGAUAAUAGACAAAUCAAAGGACAC